UCCCUAGAUUCGCCAUGAUUUGAACUAGGACUAAUUUCUAUGAAUCUUCCAUACGCUUCUUCAGUUGCCCUGUUUAUUACUAGUACAGAACUAACCAGCACAAGGUCAGUGAUGACAUGUAAGUUGCUCUGAGGCAAACAAGUAGUGCUUAAUUGCUUUUAUAUGGGGAGGGUAGUAGCAAGCAGUAGGGGAGUGAUGAUAAUGUUCUCUGCCGCGUUGCUGUUGCUGCUGCUGCUGCCGCCGGCAGCGGCGGCGGCGGCGGCGGCGUUCGCUGUGGAGCCAGCUGCAGCCACGGCCGGGAGCCACUGCACCAGAGAGUGCGGCAACAUCAGCAUCCCGUACCCGUUCGGCGUGGAGCCCGGCUGCUUCCGCCCCGGCUUCGAGGUCACCUGCCGCGACGACGUGCUGUUCCUACACAACAUCUCGGAGAUGUUCGACAUCAAUCUGGCCAACGGCACGGUGGACAUCUACGUCAGCAGCGUCGUCGAGUCCAUCCCCGACGAGCCCCAGACCCAGUGCGGCAAGGGCAACUACCUCACCAGCACCUGGGUCGCCGUCGGCCUCGGCAUAGAAGGAGGGCCGUACGCUCUGUCGGCAACAAGAAACAAGCUCGUGAUGGUCGGCUGCGACGUCCAAGUCCUCCUCAUGGGGUUGGACGAGGACAUCGUGAGCACCUGCGCCGCCUUCUGCUCACCUGUCGCAAAGAACGGCGAGUACUUGAUGGCAUCCCCCGACUGUUCCGGCGUCGGCUGUUGCCAGGCGCCCAUCCCGGCGGGGCUCGACACCUACCUGCUCCAGUUCCGCCGGUUCAACGGCUCAUGGAGCGGCGGUUCGGUCAUGGUGUACAUAGUGGAUGCGGAUCGCUUGAGCUCUUAUCAGAUGGAUGACAUGCAAGAGAGCGCUCUUCCAGCUGUGCUAGAGUGGGUCAUCAGCGACUCGACAUGCCAAAGCAACUCGACGUCGCCUGAGUGCCGCAGCAGCAACAGCUUCUGCAAGAACAGCACUACUUUCCGUGGCGGGCACCGGUGCCACUGCUCAGAGGGUUACGACGGCAAUCCUUACCUCGUGGAUGGAUGCCUAGAUAUAGACGAAUGCAAAUUUCCAUGUUUUGGUGACUGCAACAACACAAUAGGCGGGUACCUGUGCCAGUGUCCUCUUGGCUUUGAGGGCAAUGCGUCUAUACCAAAAGGAUGCAAAGACGUUGACGAGUGCGUGCACCCACAUGCAUACCCGUGCUAUGGAAUCUGCAAAAAUUUGCCGGGAUCAUUUCAGUGCCAAUGUCCUCAGGGAACCUACGGGGAUCCCACAACGAAAGGGGGUUGCAUUAAUAUUACGAUCAAGAAUUCCUUCCCAGGUUCAAAAAUAGCUCUAGUAGCUAGCGGUGGAUUUAUUCUUUUGAUUGUAGCACUUGCUGCUCCCUUCAUCACACACAAAAUAAAAGUGCAACGGGUGAAAAUGUUGAAAGAGAAAUUCUUCAAGCAAAAUCAUGGUUUGCUAUUGCAGCAGUUGAUUUCUCAAAAUACUGAUAUCGGUGAAAGGAUGAUCAUUACCUUAAGAGAAUUAGAGAAGGCGACGGACAAUUUUGAUAAAACUCGUGAGGUCGGUGGUGGAGGACAUGGUGUUGUGUAUAAAGGAAUAUUAAAUCUGCAUGUGGUUGCCAUCAAGAAAUCAAAGAUUGUAGUACAGAGAGAAAUAGACGAUUUCAUAAAUGAAGUUGCAAUUCUAUCUCAAGUCAACCAUAGAAAUGUGGUGAAGCUUCUGGGAUGUUGCCUCGAAACAGAAGUUCCGUUGCUCGUUUAUGAGUUCAUAUCGAAUGGAACUCUUUAUCACCAUCUUCAUGUUGAAGGAACAAUAUCUCUAUCAUGGGAUGAUCGAUUAAGGAUUGUGCUUGAAGUUGCAAGAGCUUUGUCUUAUCUACAUUCUUCUACUUCUAUGCCAAUAUAUCAUAGAGACAUCAAGUCUUCCAACGUACUCCUUGAUGAUAGUUUAACAGCAAAGGUUUCGGACUUUGGAGCUUCAAGGUACAUCCCGAUAGAUCAGACGGGCGUGACUACAGCAAUUCAAGGAACAUUUGGUUAUCUAGAUCCCAUGUAUUAUUAUACGGGUCGCCUAACAGCCAAGAGUGAUGUCUUCAGUUUUGGAGUUCUUACUAUGGAGUUGCUCACUAGAAAGAAACCAUUUAUUUAUAGGUCUGAUGAUGGUGAUGGCCUUGUUUCACAUUUUAGCUCACUAUUCCGAGAAGGAAAACUAGCUGACAUAAUAGACCCACAAGUCAUGGAAGAGGAUAAUGGCGACAUCCAAGAAGUAGCGGCACUAGCAGUGGUGUGCACUAAAUUGAAGGGAGAAGACAGGCCUACAAUGAGGGAAGUGGAGUUAAUCCUUGAAAACUUGCGCCUUAAGAUGCAUACUCCAAGUUGCACAAAACCAUGUAGUAGGGAGCACAUCCCGGCUCAAGGGGUUGUUACUCAGGAAGUAAGCAGGCAAUACACCAUGGAAGAAGAAAUAAUGUUGUCAGCGAGGUAUCCUCGGUGACCACCAUUUUCUUGUCUGAACACAAUAAUGUUUCGUAGAAUCGUUUAUAACAUGCAUGGCAACGCCACAGCAAAUUUGUGUUAAGGUAAGACACAUCUGAAGUAGAGCAUCCUGUGUAGUCUUAAACUGCCAUCAUAAGGCUCGAAAAAAGAAGGGGAAGAGCAUCCUAGUUGAAGCCUGCUCUGCCCAUUGUCCUGGCUCAUCAUGACUUCAAUCUGCAACGAAAAAUCAAGGCGUAUUUUGUUCCAUCACAGUCUCUGAGAGCACAUUUCGAAUUGUAUUUCCUGACUACAUUUUUUCUCAUUCUUCUUUCUUUUUGUUUCCUGUAAUUGUUUUGUUUCCUUGUUUUAAUUUAUGCAACAAGUAUGGGCUCUGCCCCUCUCGUUUUCACA